GGAGCUAUAGGUUUUUGAGCACGUAGACAAUCCCGACUUCGUCCCAGAAUUAGAGUGCGCGGAGCGGAGUGCGUGAGGCCUGUAAACAAUUCCAAAAAGCAGCUAAACACCGAAACAAAACCGGGAAAGAAGAAGAAAACAAGAUGGUGGCCAAGCAGAGGAUCCGAAUGGCGAACGAGAAACACAGCAAGAACAUCACGCAGCGCGGGAACGUGGCCAAGACAGCGAAGAACCUGGUGGAAGAGAAAGGGGUGGGGCCAUGGCUGCUGGCGCUCUUCAUCUUCGUCGUCUGUGGAUCAGCCAUUUUCCAGAUCAUCCAGAGCAUCAGGAUGGGCAUGUAGGAUGAUGUCAUCAGCAGGGGCGGGGCCACACCAUGGCGACGAUGGCAGGGAGACGUGACACUGAUACCAACGGACCGCCGUAUUUCUGACCCGAAGAAAAGCGACAAAAACAUUCCUGAACUCUGACCGCCAUCAUUCCCACAUAGACACAAGCCCCGCCCAAACGAGAACAAGCCCCUCCCACCCUUGUUGCCACACCCCUUCAGGGACCAGCCUGUUAUCUGUGUUGACUUAACAUGUUGCUGCUCGCUGACCUUCUCACAGCGUUACUGUGUCACCCUGUGCCUUGCUCUAUUUACCUGAGCUUUGGCUCCGCCCCUCUGUUUACCUCAUCAGUCUGGUGGGGGGGCUAAAGUCCAGCUGUUUGUGUCAACUGUCCCAGCUGAUGGAUCUGUCUCCUCCUCGCAGGAAGUGACCUCAUGAAUCAGGAGGUGGAGCCUGCACCGUGUGCAGCCGUGCCUCAACAUUCCUGUUCGCUCAAUAAAGUUUCAUUUUCAAAACAA